AUGUCAUUCGGUUCCUUGCUUCAGCAGCAGCAGCCAUCAGCAUUCCAUCGGCACCCUUCCCAACUUCUUCCUCCUUUCCAGUCCAGUCAUGGCCCACAGACAUCCUACAACGUUGGUAACAGGCAUUUGGCCCCACUCUCUACAAGUAACCUUAAUCCACAAUCAAAUUCCAUACAACAAACAGAUUCUCCUAAAACACCUGUACAACGAACCUUUUCGGAUAUGAGGGAUAGUAACAUGUCUGUGGGGAUAGAGGGGAUGGUAGGGGGGUGGAAUAGGAUUGGAGCUGCUGGUGGAAGUGGUAAUGCUGUUGGACAGAAUCGACAAUCAAUAAUAUACGCUUCUCCAUUACCAUCGAGACCCACGCCCGCAGAAACACUACUACGAAGGAAGACACCUGGAGGUGGGAUGGUCAUUGGAGGAUUCGAUGCUGCUCCACCCAUGCAUUUCCCCGGUGGCAGCGGCAUUGUGCAACUAGAAGGAGCGGACGAUGCAAUGAUUGGACGACCUAGGAAACAUAUCCUCCUGGCAAAUUCCGGGAUGAUGCCUAGUAACAUGGCUGCCCUACACAAUCUCACAACUACCUUUCAGCAACAGCAGCAAUCUAUGGCGGCAAAUUUAUUUUCAAAUAAUGGGAAUACUGGUGAUCUAGUCGAACCUCUAACACCAACGAACCCGGUGAUGGCCACACAAGGUGGGAUGCUCAAUGCCAGUGGCCCGGUACGGCAGCAGUUCUUCAACGGUGGUGGAUCAGUGCCUCAAAUUACAGACCUGAGCCGAAUACCAGCAGCUUCUAUCGGAGCUCAUUACCCCAGCAGCCUCAACAUCAACAUCCCAUUACAGCAUGAAUCAGUUGAUGAUUCUGCUUUUCCUAGCAGAAGCAAUAAUGCCACUCCCGUGCCAAUGGAUUUCCAAGGACGCAAAUCUCUUACGCCGACGUUCACGACAUUUCAGCAUCUACAAAAUGGUGGUAUACCGUUUCCGCAAAACAACAUGCCACAGUUUCCCCAAAUGAUUCCUAAUCAGCAUCCUAUGGCGUUCUCGUAUCCCCAACUUGGUGCGCUUGUGCAAGAUGGUGGUCCGAUGCCUGCGGUUCUGGGGUUUAACUCGCCGACCAAUGCUUGGUCGCCUUCUGUCAUGCUUGGAGCUGGUAUGGAAGGACCUAUGCCUUACCGCAGAUAUUACAGCCCGCAUCCAAUGCAAUUACAGCAGCAGCAGAUCCGUCAGCAGACACCUUAUCCGAUUUCAAACUUACCAGCUACAAACUUACAUCUACCACAGCAAACAGCAAUCAAUACGAAUGUCACACCAGGGAACCCUUUCCAACAUCCUCUAUCCCCGAAAUCUCAGGAGCGGGAGAAGGACAUGUCAAGAGAUGUUAUGUUGGUUUACUGCAACGAUGCCUAUGUGGAACUCAUGAGUCUCAAGCAGCAGCAACAGAACGCCAUGUAUAACAAUGGAAAAUUCAGAAUUCAACCACUACCCCGGCACAUUGGAUUGACGACUAAAAGUGUAAUGAGUGGGAUUUGGAGGAAUGGUGCAAGGCUGUACACUGGACGCCCAGAAUUACAAAGACAUUUCUCCGAUCCGACAACUGUGGUUGGGGGGAAUGGUGGAAUGAAAGGCGCGAGGGAGGCCUAUGCUUUGCCAAUCAUAGGAGGAGUUAGAGGCUUCGACUCUACCAUGGAGCAAGGCGAACAGGUUGAGAAUGGGGCGUCGAAACGAAGGAGGCUGAACAGUCUUCAAGAUGUUGCUUCGCGAAAUACACCGCCACAGCAAGCUGCAGAUAUCAUGCAACAACUCCCUCUUAAUAGACGGUUUGGACCACAACAUCGGGCUUCGAGUAUGACAAGCUUGGCGGAAAUGCGGAGGCGGCAUCCCGAUGUCAGGGUUCUGAAGGCGGAACCACCAAUUUACCAACCGAGGUUCGAGCAAAUUCCACAGCAACUAGGUGGAGCAGUCGGGUUCCAAGCUAGUCCGACCGGGUCUCCGAUUACAUUGCAGCCUAGUAUUUUACCUCAACCUAUCCAUGUUGCGAACGGUGCGUUGGAGAUGCUGGAGAAACAAUGCGCGGAAGACGAUUGGACUUGGUUAGAGGGUAUGCUGCUUGCUGGAUGUUUAUCUUACGCGCUUGGGGAUAUUAAAAAGGCCAGGCUGCGGUAUGAACAGAUAUUAACAAUUGACCCUGGAUAUGUCGAAGCUUUAACCAAUCUUGGAUCAACGGCACUAUGGAUGGGGAAUAAGGCUGAUGCGGAGAGGUUUUGGGUGCGAGCUGUAAAGAUUCGACCGGCAUACUUUGAAGCGGUAGAACACCUUGUUUCGCUGUUGUGCUCCGAAAAGAGGACUAUAGAGGCAGUGAAUUGGAUUGGAUUCGUGGAGGAUUCGAUUAGGCGGCAAACAGCUGGUGGACCACUUUGGAAGAGGGAUUGCUCCGUGGAUUCAAUGUCAACGGAUGGGUCUAAUGGAGUUAUCUCUAUGAGUUCCCCACCGGGAGAGGAGUCGCCUUCUGGCCCUGCUAAGGAUGGAGACUACUUUUCGCACCAGCAAGGAGGCUCCAGAGGCUCCACGUCGAGUUCAGCCGGUGGUGGAGUUGUGAACAUAGGGAACCCAGCACCGAUGUAUAUCAUUCCGCCUGCGGAAAACGGGAGACUAUUGCAACUUAUCCACGCGAAGGGGAAUAUGCUGUAUUCGGUUGGGCAGAACCUUCAAGCUGCAAAAGCAUUCGAGCACGCAGUACUCCUAGGCACUCUUAUGAGCCCCGAGGAAGGCAUAGAAGGCCUCAUUCGGGGAAUUCUAGGCGUUUUAGCUGGUGCCGUCGAGAAAGCCAUCGGUAUGACUGGUAGCGGAGUUAUAAAGAACUCGAGGGACCCGUUACUCUUGAACCCGGACUGUGCUCUGAAGACCGCGAGGCUACUCUUCCCACCUCAUGGAGACCUACCCGGACUAAAACACGUCCAUGUAGGGCCAGCACGGAAGGCUGCGAUCAACACCACUAGCAAUUCGCUUCUAUCGUUAGCAAAAAUCUAUCAGGACGCGAUCUCCGCUGGCAAGGAAAUCGGCAAGGCGGCAAGCAGUGUAAGGGAUAUCCUUGCUCUCUACUAUUUGUCGCUUGCGCUGCACCCUUCGCCCUCGACAGCCAAUAAUGUUGGCAUUUUACUCGCAAGCGUCCAGCAGUCUUCACCUCUACCAGUCCCUACUUCCGGCAGCCAUUUACCUCAGAUUCCAGGUAUAGCACCAGGGAGUGGGGUUGCACUCGCGCUUGGAUAUUACAACUAUGGUUUACAGUUAGACCCUCGACAUGCACAUUUGUAUACGAACUUAGGCAGUCUCUUGAAGGACAUGGGAAAUCUAUCAGGUGCUAUCAAAAUGUAUGAGCAGGCUGUCGACUGUGAUGGGCGGUUCGAUAUUGCACUAGCCAACUUGGCAAACGCGGUGAAAGAUCAGGGACAUGUAGCCGAUGCUAUCAGAUAUUAUAAGAGAGCUGUCGAAGUCAACCCCGAUUUCGCAGAGGCGGUUUGUGGACUUGCCAAUGCUCUAAAUAGCGUCUGCGAUUGGUUUAGUCGAGGAGGAGUUGUAGGUGCCAAGGUAGAUAGAUGGCACGUAGGCUCUGACGGGAGGUUGAUCGACUCUCGGGGCAAAGAUGCGGGUGGCUGGAUGAAGAAGGUGGUGGAAAUCGUGGAGAGGCAGUUGGGGGAAGGGAGAGAAUGGGGGAAGGGUGUCUUUAGUCCUAUAGUCGUGGAGGCGCUCUUGGGAGAUGCACAGAGGGCGGAUGGGAAUACAUGGAGCGAGGGACGCAAGAGCAGAUUUAGAGCCAUGCUCGAGAGCUGGAAAGGACAGAGCUGGCAAGGGGCGAGGCUCGUGCAGCUCGUCGAGCGCAUUUCCAAGAAACUUGUCUGGAGAUGGUAUCAAGAUCUCUACGUUGAAAGGAUCACAAAGCCCGAAGCAGCGUAUCGGAGGCCUGUCGUUCCCGCCGCGUUAUCUGUCCCGAAUGCUCCAACAGUCCUGCCAUUCCACACAUUUACGUGUCCGUUGUCCGUUUCCCAGGUCAGGAUGAUUUCGCAGAGAAAUGGGUUGCGAAUUUCUUGCUCGACCCUCAAGGCUCCAUGGUUAUCACGGUUCGUGGCUCGGCCACCCCGACCACCAUCACCUGCCCUCCAUGUUGGCUACGUUUCUUCUGAUUUUAACAACCACCCUCUUGCUCACCUUAUGCAGUCCGUGUUUGGGUUCCACGAUCCUACACGAGUAAAGGCAUUCUGUUAUGCAACAUCAGGGAGUGAUGGAUCCCAGCACCGCCGAAAGAUCGAAGGGGAAGCACCAAUAUUCCGAGAUGCAAGCGUAUGGAGUGUUGAGAAGCUCGUGAAGCAAAUCCAAGAUGAUGGUAUACACAUCCUAGUCAAUUUGAAUGGCUUCACCCGUGGGGCAAGGAAUGAAGUGUUUGCCGCCAAACCGGCUCCCCUUCAAAUGAGCUUCAUGGGCUUUGCGGGUACUCUUGGUGCUGAGUGGUGUGACUACAUAUAUGCAGACGAGACAGCGGUUCCCAAGAACAUGCUGCGGCCGUGGGGUAGAUCCGCUAGUUUUGAGGAUCUUGAGGAAAGAGGUGGGGUUGAAGAAUGGGAAGGCGAAGAUUACGAGGAAGGCGAGUGGAUUUAUGCAGAGAAUGUUAUUUAUUCAAAGAAUACUUUCUUCUGUACGGAUCACAAGCAAAGCUCGCCGGAUUCCAAGGAUGGUCAGUUAUCCUGGAAGGAUGAGCAGGCGAGACGUUGGAAAAUGCGAAAGGAAUUGUUCCCCGAGUUGAGCGAUGACAAGGUUAUUCUCGGUAACUUCAAUCAACUCUAUAAGAUCGAACCUACUACUUUUCGCACUUGGCUCCGAAUUCUAAUGCAAGUCCCCAAUGCCGUUCUAUGGCUACUCCGCUUCCCAGACCUUGGAGAAUCCAACCUCCUUCGUUUCGCUAGACUUUGGGCUGGUGACGAAGUCGCUAGUAGAAUUAUUUUUACGGAUGUCGCUGCGAAAGACCAACAUAUCUCCCGAGCCAGGGUCUGCGACCUCUUCCUUGACACACCCGAGUGUAAUGCCCAUACCACGGCUGCCGACGUCCUCUGGAGCGGCAGUCCGCUACUCACCUUCCCACGGCAUGAAUACAAAAUGUGUUCGAGGAUCGCGGCUAGCAUCGUUCGUUCAUCGGUGCCCCCAGACGCUACCCCACAAGAAAGAGAAGUUUCGGAGAGGCUUGUUGUUGACAGCGAAGACAUGUAUGAGCAGCGAGCAGUAGAGCUUGCUAGUAGUCUUGUUUAUGAUGCGGAUGGUAUAGGGAGAGGGGAGUUGGUAGAUAUGAGGCAUGCACUCGUGAUGGGGAGAUGGAAGAGCGCAUUAUUCGAUACCCAGGGGUGGGUGAAGAGCCUUGAGGAAGGAUACUGGAGAGCCUGGAAGCUGUGGGCUAAGGGAGAGAAAGGAGAUAUAGAUUUGUAG